CGUUCGGUGGCGGUGGCGUUCACCGCGCCGGGUCGCCGCGUUCGCCGCGUUCGCCGCGUUCGCCGCAGCCGCCGCCCCGGCCGCCCCCGCCCCCGCGGCUUGAGGAGCGCGGGCGCCAUGGCGGCGGAGGCGCUGGCGGCCGAGGCCGUGGCUUCGCGCCUGCAGCGGCAGGAGGAGGACAUCCGCUGGCUGUGGGCGGAGGUCCGGCGCCUGAGGGACGAGCAGCUGAGCGCGGCCGACCGCUGCCCGGCCGAGGGGCCGUGCCUGACGCGGGAGGUGGCGCAGCUGCGGGCGGAGAACCGCGACCUGCGCCGCCGCCUGUGCCGCCUGCGGCUGAGCGUCGCCGAGGAGCUGAGCCGCGGGGCGCCGGGGGCGGCCGACGCGCAGCCUCCCAGUCAAAGCCAAGACGAAGACACUGACAAGAAGAAAAUGAAGGAAAGUGGGCCUGACAGCGAGGUGCAGCGCCGGCCACAUUUCAUAAAAGAAAGGUUGGAGCUCUUCCAAGCGUUGAAGGAAGAUUCACAGGCCCUGCUUCCGGUCGGUGAACAGGAGGACGCCGGCAGUGCACUCACAGUGAGGGUGGCUGGUGGCGAGACGGUGGAAGGGGCCCGUGGGAGGACAACGCCGUAUCAGGUGGCUGCUGCGAUUAGCCGAGAGCUGGCGGAGAGCGCUGUGGUCGCCAAGGUGGACGGGGAGCUGUGGGACCUGGACCGCCCUCUGCAGGGGGACUGCACCCUGGAGCUGCUCACGUUCCACAGCGAGGAAGCCCAGGCUGUGUACUGGCACUCCAGCGCUCACGUUCUCGGGGAGGCCAUGGAACUCUACUACGGAGGCCACCUGUGCUACGGUCCGCCCAUCGAGAACGGAUUUUAUUAUGACAUGUUCAUUGAAGACAGAGCCGUGUCCAGCACGGAGCUGCCGGCCCUGGAGAACAUGUGCAAAGCUAUCAUCAAAGAAAGGCAGCCUUUUGAAAGACUGGAAGUCAGCAAGGAAGUCCUCCUGGAGAUGUUUAAGUACAAUAAAUUUAAGUGCCGCAUUCUGAAUGAGAAGGUUGACACUCCGACAACCACGGUUUACAGGUGCGGUCCACUGGUUGACCUUUGUAAAGGGCCCCACGUGAGACACACUGGGAAGAUCAAAGCCAUCAAAAUUUUCAAGAAUUCUUCAACUUACUGGGAGGGCAGUCCUGAGAUGGAGACCCUGCAGAGGAUCUACGGGAUCUCCUUUCCCGAUAACAAGAUGAUGAAAACCUGGGAGCAGGUCCAGGAGGAGGCCAAGAACCGAGAUCACAGGAAAAUCGGGAAGGAGCAGGAGCUUUUCUUCUUCCACGAUGUCAGCCCUGGAAGCUGUUUCUUCCUUCCCAGAGGAGCCUUCGUUUACAGCACACUCAUGGACCUCAUACGAGAGGAGUAUCACAAGCGGGGCUUCCUGGAAGUGCUCUCCCCCAACGUGUACAACAGCAAGCUCUGGGAGACCUCGGGCCACUGGCAGCAUUACAGCGAGAACAUGUUCACCUUCCGUGUUGAGAAGGAGACUUUCGCCCUCAAACCCAUGAACUGUCCAGGACACUGUCUGAUGUUUGCCCAUCGUCCACGGUCCUGGAGGGAAAUGCCUGUUAGGUUUGCUGACUUUGGAGUUCUUCACAGAAACGAGCUGUCGGGGACUCUGAGCGGCCUGACCCGCGUCAGGCGCUUCCAGCAGGACGACGCUCACAUCUUCUGCACCGUGGAGCAGAUUGAAGAAGAAAUCAAGGGGUGUCUGCAGUUUUUGCAAUCCGUUUACUCAACAUUUGGCUUCACUUUCCAAUUAAACCUGUCCACAAGGCCUGAGAACUUCCUGGGAGAGAGCGAGAUGUGGGCUGAAGCUGAGAAGCAACUGCAGAAUAGCUUGGUGGAAUUUGGAAAACCAUGGAAAUUGAACCCAGGAGAUGGAGCAUUUUAUGGCCCUAAAAUUGAUAUAAAAAUCAAAGAUGCUAUUGGCAGAUACCAUCAAUGUGCAACAAUUCAGCUGGACUUCCAACUGCCUAUUCGAUUUAAUCUCACAUAUGUUAGUAAGGACGGGGAUGACAAGAAGAGACCUGUGAUCAUCCAUCGAGCCACUCUGGGGUCCGUGGAAAGGAUGGUCGCCAUUCUCUCAGAGAACUGCGGGGGGAAGUGGCCUCUGUGGCUGUCUCCUCGUCAGGUCAUGGUCAUCCCUGUGGGGCCCACCUGUGAGAAAUACGCGCUUCAGGUAUAUAAUGAGUUUUUUGAAGAAGGAUUCAUGGCCGACGUUGAUUUAGAUCAUAGUUGUACACUAAACAAGAAGAUACGAAAUGCACAGCUGGCUCAGUAUAACUUUAUUUUGGUGGUUGGAGAAAAGGAAAUGGCGAAUAAUGCUGUAAACGUUCGAACAAGAGACAACAAAAUUCAUGGGGAAAUUUCAGUCAUUUCUGCCAUUGAAAAGUUGAAGAAUCUCAAGAAAUGCCGCACACUGAAUGCUGAGGAGGAGUUCUGAAGUUCGCCCCUCGUCCUGGCUUCGGUGUGGCUUUGUUUCCUCCCUGAGAUGUCUCCCCUCACCAGCUGGGCUGUCAGUGCGCGUCCGAGAACCCUGGGCGGCUGCUGGGUCCCCCAAUGGCCGCCGUUGAGAAGGGAGGAGCAGAUGGGCAGCUGCUGUGUCCCGAGCUAAGCUCACUGCUGUGCCCGGACGACACCAAAGGGCACACCUGGGAAAUCUUGAAGUAGGCCGUGUGUUGAAAGUCUUAAGUGCAGAAGUGUUAUUCACUGAAAGAACUAGGGAAUGAGGAUUGUGAAAUGCAUUGCUGAGAUGUGUGGUUUUCAAAGACAGCCGUCUAAUAAAAGUCUGCAGAGCUUCCUGCA